AUGAGCCAAGGAGUGGGAAAAGGAAGCAGAGCGAGGCCGCGAGUCCGAAGGGAAGCGGGAGCACAGCCGGGGUCGGGAACGUCGAGAGAUCAAGAGACACAGUUGGAGCUGCAGCACGUCCAGGCACUAGAUGUGUCAGCAAAAGAGGGCAGCUUGGUGGGGAAGAUAUCCACAGCUCUCCUCUCACCCAUUGUCGACUAUUACAACGGCAAGGAGAAGCUAGACAGCAAACGCAGUAUCCGUGGCCGCGACUCGGAAGAAGGCUACCUGGAAGUAAAAGAGCAGAUGUACCAGGAGAAAUUGACAUGUCUCAAACGACAGCUACAGCAGGUACAGGAAGGCACUUUGCAGGAGUAUCAGAAAAGAAUGAAGAAACUAGAUCAACAAUACAGGGAAAGAAUACGAAAUGCAGAGCUUUUUCUGCAACUGGAGACAGAACAAGUGGAAAGGAAUUAUAUUAAAGAGAAGAAAGCAGCAGUGAAGGAAUUUGAAGAUAAAAAGAUUGAGUUAGAAGAAAAGAAAAAGAUGAUUGAGAAUGAGAGGCUAAUAAUGGAACUCACAGGAGAUUCUAUGGAGGUAAAGCCAAUAAUGACUAGAAAACUAAGGAGGGGACCUAAUGACCCUGUUCCAAUUACAGAGAAAAGACGAAAACCCGCACCUGCACAGUUAAAUUACUUGCUAACAGAUGAACAGAUAAUGGAAGAUCUGCAAACUCUCAAUAAGCUUAAAUCUCUGAAAAGACCAGCACCUCCAUCUUGUCCUGAGCAACUUCCCAGCACUCCUGCUGAAUCACCAGCACAAAGAUAUGAAGCACAAAUAGAAGAUGGAAAGUUAUAUUACGAUAAGAGGUGGUAUCAUAAAGGGCAGGCUAUCUCUUUGGAAUCUAAGGAGAAUACAAAGAUUGGCUGUGUAAUUAGCGCAGUUGGAACAAAUGAGAUAUGGGUAAGGAAGACAAAUGGUAGCACAAAGAUGCAUAUAUAUCUAGGACAGCUGUACAGAGGAGUCUUCAUUAUAUGGAGGCGAUCUGCUUCUUAG